AUGACCCCCGCCGAUCUCAUGGCACGCUUACCGCCGCUGCUCGUCUUCUCCAGCAUCGCCAACCUCGCUGCCGGUUAUGCGCUGCCGUACCCGACAAAGACGGUCGAGUACCACGAGCUGAACGUCGUGCCUUAUCCCCUCGCUGCGACGGCCGCCCCCAACGAUGGGUAUCUGCUGCGACGACAGUUCAACACCGUUUGCGGUUAUGUAGGAGGAGACCCCUCUCUGCCGGCUACUUGUUCAGCGGGCUCGCAUUGCGUGGUGGACGUUGAGCAUGGCGCUGUUGGAUGCUGUCCUGAUGGAGGAUCUUGCACGCAGGGUGUGUUUACGGGGUGUGUUGAUGGCAACAGCGAUCCUCAAACUGAAGUGAACCCGUAUGUCUAUACUUGCGGAGGAGGCGACUCUUGCUACAAGAACAGCUACGAGGGUGGAUUCUUCCAGUAUGGAUGUGGCUCGACUUCAGGUUUGGCUACGAAAGUGGUAGCAACGGCUUCAGGCCAGUCCGCUAUUCAACUCACGACCAUCAAAGCUCCUCUCACGGCCACCGCGAUAUCGCUGUCUGAACCGACAACGCUUGGAACCAAGCAGAGGACCUCAACUGGAUCUACCACCACCAAGGCUUCAACAACAAAGAGCUCGACCACCAAAAGUUCAACUGCAACAAAGACAUCGACGACGGAGAGUUCCACGGAAUCAACUUCAACUACAAAAACCACAAAGACUUCAUCAACUGCUUCAAAAACAGAAACCGAGUCGGAAACCGAGACUGCAAGCAAGACGUCCGAUGAGGAUGCCACAACUUCAACCGCUGCCGCUGCAGCUCCGGACACGGAUGGUAAAGAUAACGGCACCAAAAACACGGGCGCCAUUGUUGGUGGUACCAUCAGCGGCGUAGCCGCCGUCGUCGCCCUAGUCGUGGCCGCCAUUUGGCUCUACCGGCGCCGACAGGCCAACCAGCGCCAGGGGCCAGGCCUGAAACACAAAGUGCAGCACAUCGGUCCCGGUCCUCAUGAUAGACACAACUUUCAGCCGCUACCGUCGAUGCAGGAGGUCGAUGAAACGCAUCCUCCACCUCGCCCACCCCCGCCCCCACCGAAUCCGGUGGCUCGCCGGAACAUCACGCCUAUUCGCGAGGACGACGAGUAUCGCACACCGGAGCCAUGGGAUCCUCCGGCCGCGUAUGGGUACUCGGCUACUGCAGUUGGUGGAGGCGCCCACAUGGAGCACGAUGAGAUACCCCUGACCCGCGAGAGUGACGACUAUCCCCACGGCUACAAUGCGGGCCUGGGGCGGAUCAGCGAAGAAGAGCCGAGGCCAGGCACUGCUAUCAGUACACCCGGAGCCAUGAGCAGUCCCAUGGCUGCGUAUCCAGGACCACGCGGCGGUGGAGGAGGUCCUUUGUGGCAACAGAACCGAGACCCGGGAUGGGUAUAA